CCAACAAACCAACUACUUUUUUUCCAGCUGAUCAGCUGAUUGUGACAAAUUUCUCUGGAGAUUAUUGUGGUAAUGACAAAGGAUCGACGACUUUUAAUCAAUCGGAUAAUGCAUAGGAGGUAUGAGAAGUAAGUGAUUUUAUAUUCUUCAUUUAAUGAUUAAAUUUUAAUCAUUGAGGGAGGAAAUUACAGUUUAUUGCAUGAAAUCAAGAAUUUACAAACAAGUACAUCCUUGCCAGUGAUAAAUAAAAUGACGAAAAACGACGGGGUUUCCAACUCUACGAAAAAUGGGACGGGUCAUAUUUUACGAGAUUUACUUUCCUGCACGGUCCUCCUCAACAGGACAAAUUUUAUCCCCCCUCAUCACGAUCACAACCUUCCCCAGAAAAUUGAGGAGAAUAAUUCAUCCCCAGAAUCAGGGUCCUGUUCGAUCUGCUCCGAAUCGAUAAAUCUGAGCCCUCUCGCCGUCCAGGAAAUGGAAAUUCUUGCCAAAUUCAUUCUAAGUCAGGAGCAAAUUUCUCUCAUUUUACAAACUGAAGAUCAUUCUCCAAUAUUUUGCUGUAAAAUUUGCUCCUCUGCGAUCCUCUCCUUGGCCAAUUUGACCACGCAGAUUGAAAAUAUCACCAUUUCUCUGCGUGCCGUUAUUUCCAGCAGGAACGGACUGUUCAAUAAAUUGCGAAAGGAAUCCGAAAUUAGUGAAUUGUCCCAUGAAAUCGUGGCUAAUCGUGACAGCUACUGUUCUGGAAGCAUUGACGAAGAAGAAUUCUCCGUAAAAGUCGAGCCCAUCUAUGACGACAAUGACGACGAUAAUCGCGACGAAAUCACGUCUGAUCCGCUUUAUGAACCAGACAUGUCAGAAAGCGAUGACGCCUCCUCCGACGCUGCAAAUUCUGAUGUCGAGGCGGAAUCAAAGUAUACGUGCGAAAUAUGCCAACCUAAGGCCAAAUUUUCCAGAUAUUCAAAUUACCUGCGCCACAUGACCAACAAGAAAAUUCAUCCCGACAUUUGUGAUGAUUUCGCCAUAUCAAAGAAAACUAAGCGACUCGUCGUCCCUUUAAAUCAAUUUCCAUGUCCAAAAUGUGACCAGAGUUUCACCUCGCACGGGGCCUUCCACCGACACAAGAGUAUCGCUCACGAUAAGGUUCAUUCUCAGCGGAAGUGUACCCUUUGCCCGAAAGUCUUCCCGCACUUGAACUUAUUGCAAAGACAUACUCGCAAAUGUCACACUGUUCCAGUUCCGAGUCAAAGAGGGCGUCAUUCCUGUGUCAUGUGUUUGAAAACCUUUUCCUCAUCGGGAAACAGGAAUCGUCACGUGGAGUUGGUCCACUUUCACGACAAGACGUCCUGUCCGUACGGAUGCGAAACCAAGUUUGGCUCGGAGACCGAAUGGGUGACACAUUUGGAGGGAUGUGACUCCUCAAAAAUGAUCAUGUCGCAACCACGAGCACUCUCCCCCUUUGUAAGACUGAAUCGUGACCCCGAACUGGAUAAGAUGGUGCAGAACAUUGCCCAAUGUUUCGCAUGUCGCCAAACUUCCGGAUUAAUUUCAGAUCCAGGUCGCAAAUACGAGGAGGAAAUCGCACUCUUUAAACAAGUCUUCCUUCAGCAAUUCCCUUCCGAUGGGGGAAACAAAUUUCGUACUAAUUCGCACCUCUGUUCCACCUGUGUUCCCUCAGUCAUCUCAGUUUACGGCAUGUACCAACAAAUCAUCGCCAUCCAGAAGCAAAUUGACCGAAAUUUGCAAAUCGUGCGAGAUAAUUUGCAAGACGUGAACAAGGAGAAAUCGAAUAAUGACAACAAGAAAGGAGAAGAAUCUAUCGACUGGUCACUCCUGCAAAUGGCGGAAGAUUCAGAUGAUGACGACGACGCACAAGAUCCCAUCAGCGAUCCCAUGAUGGACAUCGAGCUUGGCGUCGCCGUCAGAUUACCUUCGUCCUCUUCCGACGAGGAAGAAAACAAUUCUACUCAGCGACGACUAUCAUCUCGCGCCGCGAAGACGAAAUCUCUCCAAUUUCUGGCCGAUACGGAAAUCAAAACGGAACCUGAUGAUUCAGAUUAUGACAACUACGAGAUGGACUUCAAUCCUGACGCGUAUACAUACUAUAGUUUACCUUCGGAAGAUUCUGACUGUGAUGAUAACGCCACAGAGAAAAAAACUGAGGAUGCAAAAUCUUGCGAAGUUAAUGUACCCAAAAUUUCGGUGAAGAGGAAAUCCCCGAAAAACAAAACUCCAACUAAAACCAUGAAGACAAAUGUCAAGCGAAAUUCCAUUUCGAAAAAGAAACGCACCGCACUAAACCUGCCUGCUCGACUGGAAAAGAACAAAUUGAAACCACCUAAAAAUUCAGAGGGGAUUUAUCCAUGUGCAAAAUGUGGCAAAACCUUCCGUACCUGGCGUCUCGUCCUGGCGCAUGAAAUCACCGUGUGUAAAAUUGUAUGGGAAAAGGACACCCUUGUCAAGCUCAACUUCACUGUGCAUGAAUGUGAUCAGUGUGAUGCCAAAUUUGUAUUUAGGACUCAUUUGACUAGGCACAAGAACAUCCACCUCAACGUGAAACCAUUCACCUGUGAGAAAUGUGGUUCCUCCUUCACGCAAAAACAGAGCUUAACCUUUCACCAGCGUGCCUACUGCGGGGGUGUGGACGAAGUCUCCCCCGAAGAAAGGGAAAAAUUAUUACAAAAAGUUCGACAAAAUCAAGACCGUCACAAGAAAAAGCUCAAAUUUCCCUGUACCCUUUGCCCCAAGAAGUUCACGACCCAAGCCAAGCUCGACGCCCAUGCCCAAACCCCGCACAAAGCGUCGUCAUGUCCCAUUUGUGGAGAAGAGGUCACAAAAGCGAUGCUAUUCUCGCAUAAAGCGCAGGCCCACCCGGACCAGGUCGGGGCACACCUGAAAUGUCCCACGUGCGACAAGUGUUUCUACUCCAAGGGCGGACUUCGGCGACAUAAACGAGUAGUACAUAACAUUCCGGGGGUGGGGAAAGGCAAGGGUGUGAGAAAAGAUAGCCGGCUUCGACGAGAGGAAAAUGUGGUAGAAAAUAGGACGGAAAAUGGUGAUUCUACAGUUGAGGAAAAUUUGAACGAUGUGGAGAACGCGUAAUUUAUAAGAUAUCGUGUACCUAAUCUCAAUUUCAACGUGG